AUGGAAGGCAGAGGCCCGCUGGCCACAUCUCCCGGGUGGCUGUCGCUGCUACUGCUGCUGCUACCACCACCUGGCCACCAGGGACGGGCCCUGAGACAUGGUCUCUCCGCCCAGAGGAUCCAGGACCCCCCUGCUGUGCACCUCAGCAGUGGCUCAGGACAAGAGCCUAUCACCAUCAUGACUUUUGACUUCACCAAGAUCAGGAAAAGCUUUUCCUCCUUUGAGCUUCAAACCUGGGAUCCAGAGGGAGUGAUUUUUUACGGCGACACCAACCCAAAGGACGACUGGUUUGUGCUGGCACUUCGAGAUGGCAGGUCCGAGAUCCAGCUGCACAAUCAGCUGGCGCAGGUGACUGUGAGCGCUGGGCCCCGGCUGGACGAUGGCAGGUGGCACCAGGUGGAAGUGAGGGUCCUGGAGGACUCCCUCCUCCUGAGCGUGGAUGGGGAGGAGGUGCUGCGCCUGAGACAGGUGUCUGGGUCUCUGGCCAGCAAACCCCAGCCCAUCGUCAGGAUUGCCCUGGGGGGACUCCUGUUCCCCGCCUCCAGCCUCCGUUUGCCGCUGGUCCCUGCCCUUGACGGCUGCCUACGCCGGGGUACCUGGCUGGACCCGCAGGCUCAGACCUCGGGGUCUGUCCCUAUGAGGAGCCUCAAGAGCUGUGCCUUGCAGUCCCAACCUGGAACGUUCUUCCCUCCAGGGACGCGUGCAGAAUUCAAUCUCCAAGACAUUCCCCAGCCUCAUGUAGAGCCCUGGGCCUUCUCUCUGGACCUGGGACUCCAGCAGGCAGCAGGCUCUGGCCACCUCCUUGCCCUUGGGACCCCAGAAAACCCUUCUCAGCUCAGCCUCCACCUCCAAGAUCAAAAGGUGGUGGUGUCCUCUGGGACAGGGCCCGACCUGGAUCUGCCCCUGGUCUUGGGACUCCCUCUUCAGCUGAAGCUGGCUGCGUCCAGGGUGGUCUUGAACCAGGGGUCUAAGAAGGAGAUCCUUGCUCUGCCCGCCUUGGACUUGGCCUCCCUCCUCAAGCUCUGGGUCCAGCCACAGGGGCGCCUCUUCCUGGGGGCUCUGCCAGGAGAGACCUCUUCUGCCUCCUUUUGCUUGAAUGGCCUUUGGGCCCAAGGCCAGAAGCUGGACAUGGACCGGGCCCUGAGCAGAAGUGAGGACAUCUGGACCCACAGCUGUCCCCAGGGCCCAAACAAUGGCACCGACACCACCCAUUAA